AUGCAGACGCAGCGUAGCGCACCAACCUUUGACCGUCGCCUGAACCGUGGUACGCCUCCGCACACGUCUAUUUUUCGAUCCAUGGAACCCAGCUGGGUCAUCGAUGAAGCUGCAUGGACCGGUCUGGCAGGGAGCCAGCAUCGAACGGACCAGGCCGCGAUCCCCGGUGAGGAGUGGCCUUCCGAACCGUUCAAGGAUCGGGCGACUCGUGCGCAAUACUCCACUGACGGCCGCCCUCAGCACUAG